CUCCUCCUCUCUUGCUUUUAAAAGCCCCUUUCGCAGCUCUCUCCCACUGUUUUACUAACAUGGAACCUCCGCCUCCACCACCGCCACCGCCACCUCCACCUCCGCCUCCACCUCCGCCACCGCCACCGCCACCGCCGCCACCGCCAUGUACCCUUGGUUUCUCUCUGGCUUUCUCUUUCACUCUCUGUUUUGACGGGAUGGAUCCUCCACCCCCUCCACCGCCGCCGCCGCCACGAGGUCCCCCUUGGCCCCUGCUGGGCCUUCAGGCGCUCUUGGGAGCGGAAGAUAACGCCGGACUCAUUCUCCAGAAUCGCCCACAAAAUUUUAAUUUGAUGAUCGUACAGCAAGCGCGUAACAUCCGCAUCCCAACAACCAGGGAGGCCCUGUAUAUCCUGCGCAAUGGGAUCGAGAGCUAUUUGCACGUACUCAACGAGGACUCGUUUGGUUUAGAUCACGAUCUGCUGAUUCAGGAUCCCAUUGUAACGAGAUGGGUGAGAGGCUAUGUGCUGGGGCGGCUGAGGUUGGCAGCUACUUUUGAAGAUGCGGUUCGGGAAGAAAGGCGCCGAGAAGCGGUGGAGGCUUUUAAUGGGAUGAUAGAGCGACAAAUGAGGGCUGUGGGGGUGGACGCGCACGGAACUUUUCUCCAUUGGCCUUCUGUUCCGAUACCGGUAGCACGAUUUACGGCCAUCUGGGUUUGUUCCUACCCUCGUAUAUGAUUGGAAGAAGCGCUGGGGUUGCAUAGAUCGCAUGCGGAGCUCCUGCAGUCUUGAGGUGUUUUCAUUUCGAUAGUUUUCUAUCUUAAGUCGAUCGUGUUUUUUUUUUAUGUUUUUGUUGUCGUGAGAAAGACAUGGUUGGAGAGGAAAGUUGCUGGAUUCUGUGGUGUUCGUAUGUCCAUGUUCUAUCUUAGACG